AUGAAAAGAAAACAAAAAAAAAAAAAUAGAAUGCUCUUUUCAAAAAAUAAAGUAAUUAGAAAAAAGGAAAAUUUUGAGCCUCAAAGUUUAAGUUACAUUUCAAAAGAAGAAAAAAGAAAGAAAGGAGUACAAGAAAAUAUAAAUAGGAAGUUCAAAAAGUCUAAAAAAGUUAAUAAAAGUAAAAAUUUAAAUAUUCAAUUAAAAAAUAAUAAAGCAAAUGGUAAUCAAAAUUAUAAUUUAUAUGUAGAACAAAAAAAAGACGAUAUUUUAUUAUCAUAUUUAUCGAAAAAAUUGAAUAUUAACAAUCAUGAUAGUAAUAAUGAAGAGAAACUUUUUAAAGAAUUAGAAAAUGAUGGAUUUGAUACAAAACUGUUAAAACUAACAGAUAUAAUAUUUAAUGAAUUUCAAAAACAGUAUAAAAAAAAUAAAAAUGGGAUAAAUGAAAUAAAAAAUAAUAAAGAAAAUACUUUUCGAGAUAAGAAAAAUAACCAAGAAAGCUUAAAUAAUGAUAAAAAUAUAAUAAACAAUCAAAUUAUUACAUUAGAAAAAAAAAAAAAUAAAAUAGAAACAAAAGAUAAAAUUAUUAAUAAAAAAGAUAAAAAAAAAAAAAACGAAAAAAAAAAUUUAAAAAAAAUAUUUAAAGAAGAAGAAAAAUAUAGUAUAAAAAAUAUAGAUGAUAUAAAGAAAAAAAAACAAAAAUAUGAAGAAGGUGAAGAAAUAGUAAAAACAGGAGAAAAAAAUAAGAAAGUUUUAUUUAACUAUUCUGAGCAAACAAAAAAAAUAGAUAAAUUUCUGAUGGUAUCUUUGAAUAAAACAUCAGAAUUCAAUAUAAAAAAUAUUAUACAAGACAUGUGUAAAUAUUUUCAUGAAUUAAAUGAUUUAAAAUUAAAAGUAAUUUUUAAUGAUUCUUUAAUAAAAAUUUUAUCCAAUUAUUUUAGAAAUGUAAAUACUACUGAUAUUCAUAUAGGCAUAUUUUCAGUUACUAUAUGUGUUUUAAAUAGUUUAUUGUAUCAGGAUUUGCUUAAGGAUUUUUUGAAGGCAUUAAUAGGUAUUUUUAAAGAUUAUUACGAGGAUAAUAUUAACUUAAUGAAAAAAAUCGAGAAAGAAAAUGAAUUAAAUAAUACUUUAAAUAUAAAUGAUAAUGAAAAAGUUUAUAAUGAUAUAAAUGCAAAUGGCAUAAACAGCAACAAUAUUUAUAAUAAUAAUAAUGAUAAAGAUUAUCUGAAAGAUAAAAAAAAGAAAAAAAAUGAUAUAAUAAGUAAAGAGGAAUAUGAAAAGUAUCAAGAUUUUAAAAUUAUAAUGAAAAAUUUAUUGAAGUGUUUUAGCUUGUUCUAUGCAUUAAAUUAUUUGGAUUUUGAAUUUAUAAUUGAUGUAAUUAAUUUAUUAUGUGAAAGUAUUAGUAUAAACAAUGUAGACAAUAUAAUUAUCAUUCUAAAAAUAUGCGGCAUGAAAUUAAAAAAAGACGAUACCUCUCAUUUAAAUUAUAUUUCAGAUUAUUUGAAAAAACAAAUAGACAACUACAUUGUAAACAACAAUAUUAAUAUCGAAAGAAGUAAGUUAAGAUUUUUAAUUAAAGAUAUAGAAGAUUUAAAAAAUGGAAAAAUGAAAUUUUACUUUUUAAAUAAAUUUGAAUUUCUUUUUAGUGUUUUAAAAGAAUUUGAGAAUAAAUAUAAUUUUAAAAGAAAUGUUCUAUACUUUUCUUUUGUAAACAUCUUUAAAAACGAUAAUUCAGGUACAGAAGUAGAUAAAAAGAAAAAGAAAACUAAUAAAAUAAAUAAAAUCGAUGAUAUUAAUGCAAAGAAAACAAAUACUAUAGAAGAAAAAGUUCAAAAAUUAAAUUAUUUAAUAGAAGAAGGAAAUUCCAAUGAUAUCCAUUUCAAUAAAUUACUAAAAAAAUACAAAAUUCAAGGCAUAUUACCUAAAAAAAUAUUUUUGGUUAUCCGGAAUAGUUUAAAUGUAGAUGAAUGUGUUCACAAUUUAUCUGCCUUCUUAAAAAAGAAAAAAAACAUACCUUUUGUUAUUCAAACGAUUAUACAAGCACUUUUAUAUGAUAAAAAAUAUAAAGAAGCUUAUGAGAAAAUAUUAGCUAAUAUAUCAAAUUUUAAAAAUAGGAUUUUUUUAUUCAGUUUAAAAACAGUUUUUAUAAAUUACAUGAAAAAUAUCAUUAAUUAUGACUUAAAAAAGGUAUUAUUUUUAAGUAAAUUGUUUGUUUACUUAUUAAAGGAAAAAUUAAUAAGCUUUCAAAUUUUUAAAUACAUUGAAAUUAAUGAAGAAACAAAGUUAAACCCUCAAGAAAAUUACAAUUUAUCAUUUUUUUUUAAAACAAUAUUUAUUUUAAUAUCUUUGGAUGAAUCGGAUAAUUUAUCUAAUAAUGAAGCUUGGAAUAACAUAUUAGAAAUUAUAAAAAAUGAAAAAUUUAACAUUUCUACUAUAUAUUCUUUUAAAAAAAUUAUUAAGAAAUACAUAUAUGAUGAAGUUGAAAACAUAUUAAAGAUAUACCCCGAUUUCAAUAUAAAAUAUAUUGAAAAUUUUCAUAAGAUACUGGAUCAGCAAAAGUAG